AUGGCGCGUAUUCAUCUUGACCCUUCCCUGCUCGAAUCACUGAAUGACAAGGUCGUUGUGCUUACCGGUGGCGCAACUGGUAUCGGCCGUUCAUGCAUUGAGCAACUUUGCGAAAAUGGAGCAAAGGUCAUUUUUGGCGAUGUUGCAGAAGCACCAUCGCGAGAAAUCGAAAGCAAGCUUAGCCCGAACGCACAAUUCAUCAAGUGUGAUUCCGCAGAUUAUUCAAACCAACUCAAUCUCUUUAAAACUGCUUUCCAGGAGCACGGAAGAGUGGAUAUAGUCAUUGCCAAUGCAGGCAUUGCCAUUCACAAAGACCCUUUUGAUCCGAAUGCCGACAUCAACGAAGCACCCUCGAUGAAAGAGGUAGAGGUCAAUACAAUUGGGGCUCUGUUCACAGCUCGUAUCGGGAUGCAUUACCUCCGACGGAGCGGGGGUGGGGAUUUAGUGCUCGUCAGCAGUAUUGCUGGGUUCAAGGAAUGUGGGGGCUUGGUCGCGUACACUGCAAGCAAGCAUGGCGUCGUGGGGAUCAUGCGGGGCCUACAUCUUACAGCUACCCCGGAAAACAUCAGGGUUAACGUGAUUUGUCCUUGGAUGACGAAGACGCGUCUCGUUCGCGGCAUUGAAAAGGGUUGGUACGAGAAAGGAUUACCCGCGAACGAACCGGAAGAUGUUGCCCGAUCAAUCUUGAUUUGUGCCACAGCAAACCGAGGCCAGAGUGGAAAGACACAUGGUGGCGCUCGCCUUCCUUUCGCGGGGAAAAUACUUUGGGUGGCAGGUGGUGAAAGUUAUGAGAUUGAGGAUGGAAUUCAGAGUCUGGAACCUAAAUGGCUGGGGGAUGAGAACAGCCAGGUUCUCGCACAAGGGCAGGAAUAUUUGGCGUCUGCAGGUACUAGCUGGGAUGAAUCAAAGCUGUGA